UGUUUAUCUCUCCCAAUUUUCUAAUCGUCUGGUAGAGAUGUUCUCAGAUGAGCUCAAGGCAUUCCGUAGACUAGGCUUCCGACAUUUUCUACUUCAAAUUCUCAACUUCGCCUCCGUCAUCGCAUCUGGCCUCAUGCUAUGGAAAGGCCUCGGCCUAAUCUUGAACACGGAAUCGCCGAUUGUCGUUGUUCUCAGUGGUUCAAUGGAACCAGCAUUCUACCGUGGCGACCUUCUUUUCCUCACCAACCCCUCAGGCGAACGCUACCACACAGGUGACAUCACAGUGUACAGGAUCCCUGGCGCUGACAUCCCCAUCGUGCACCGCGUCAUGGAAACCCGGGAUGUCACUAUCCCGUUCGACAAUUCUACGGAGAACCGUGUCAUAAAAAACAAACUCGCAAAGCUCAAACUCCCACCGGGAGAACAUCAACUGAUGCUCACGAAAGGUGACAAUAAUCAUGUUGAUGAUAUUGACCUCUACCAGGGCCUUGAAUGGCUCGACCAAAGACAUAUCGUUGGCAAAGUUCGCGGAUUCCUUCCGUACAUCGGUUACGUGACAAUCGCCAUGAAUGAUUUCCCGCAACUUAAAUACGCGCUUCUAGGAGGUCUUGGGUUAUUGGCUGUUUUGCAGCGGGAGUAGCAUUCCCUAUGGAGGGUGGGCCUUUACGCAGAUCCAUUUUGCUUUUUUCAAUGUAAGGUGUCGCGCGCAUGAAAUAGCAACAUUGACCUCAUUGGGUUACGUUCAACAUCAUGGCUGUUUGAUACCCCGACAAUAUGGUGGAUCUUUGGUGAUGGUAUUCUCGCUCCUCUUGCGCUGUUCCUCUCAUGGCCAAUCCCACUUCGCUUGACUAGUCUUACUAUCAACAUGACACAGCAGGCCAAGAGCGCUACUCCUCCCUCUCCUCCGCCUUCUUCCGCAGCGCGGAUGCCGUCCUCCUCAUGUUCGACGUCAGCACACCAGAAACUAUGCACGCGCUCACGAAAUGGUUGGAAGAGUUCAAGUUCCGAGCCCCAGUCAGUGAUGAAUGAAGAAGCCAACAACU